AUGGCAAGCACAGUUCAAGAUAUGAUUGGGGAUUACGUAAAUUGUUAUGUAGAAAAUUCUUGAAAUUAUCUCCACAACUACACAGGAAACUAUCUACAAAGCUCAAAAUCCGCAAGGGAUAAUCGUCACUCUCAAAUUACUGAUGCAUGAAACAUAUACUGCAGAUUUGCUUCAAGUUUUUCAAAACAAAAUUAGUUUGCUUAAAGCAGCUUCCCACAAGCACCUUCUAAGGUAUUUAGAUUUCUUUGAUACUUCUACAUCAUUUGUCGUAGUCUAUGAGAUGUUAUGAAAAAACCUCUGAUAAUUAUAUUAUAGUUACUUUUAUUUUUAAAACAAUUUAAAAUUUUUUUAUAAAAUUCAAUAGGAAAAAAUUUACAGUUAUUUUUAUAGUAAUUUUCAAUAGGUUUUUUUUACGACCUCAGAGUAGUCUAUGAAUAUUCUUCAGGAAUUUUGAUAUCAGAUUCAAUUAGAUGAAAAGGAGCAUUUUCUGAAAAUUUCGUGAAAAAAUACACAAGGCAAAUUUUAAAGACUUUAUAUUAUCUGCAUGGCAUAGGGGUUGUGCAUGGCCAAUUAGGCUGUGACAAAAUCAUGCUUAAUGAAGAAGGAAUGCUAAAGAUUUUUGAUUUUGGACUUGGGAAAAGAAUUGAUGAAAAAUCAGCACCAGAAAUCAAGGAAAGGAAAGAGUCGCAGUUUUCAGUUGAUAUGUGAAGCCUAGGCUACAUAUUGCUGGAAAUUGCUACAGGAAGAGAAGGAAAUAAAAAUGAACUUUUAAGGGCAGGGCUUGAUGAAAAUUUUCGAAGUCUCGUUAUUCAGCUAUUAGAUGAAGAUUAUAAGACAAGAAUUACUGCAGAAGAAGUAUUUGAGCACCCAUUUUUAACAAAAUUAAGAGAUUCUUUUAUAAAUCGGCAUAGAAGGCACGAAGCAAGGACAAGCUAUGAAGAAGAUGAAGAAGACAAAAAUAAUGAAACAGAGCUAGAGCUAUCACCUAAGCUUGGCGAACACUCAGUUAGGACUCAGCUUACAAAAACCACCAGAAUAGGUACUAGCAGUGCAAAUUCUCCAAGAGGUGUUGUGAGUAAUAAUCACAGUUUUUCUUUUGUGAGUGCUGGUGAGCAGUCAUUUUUCUUAGAAAAUUUAGAUUUAAACUCAAAUAGGCUGGUUUCUUCAUUAGAAACUUUAGUUCAAGUCGCGAUUGCAAAGCCAGAAACUAAGGAGUCAUUGCCAGCUUAUUUUAUAAAUUUAAAAGAAAUAAUUGAGGAAUGCGAAGACUCAAGUGUGCUGAAUUUGUGCUUCAAGUUAAAAGUUAAAUUAGAUGUUUAUAGUUUCUGGUGACACCACUAGUAAAGGAGCUUUGCCAAAACUAGUAAUUGGAACUAUCCUGCUACUAAAAUAGCGCAUCAUAUCUGCAUGCCUUACAAAAUAAGAUUCCACCAGCCGGCUGCACACCUCACUCUGAGCUUUGUUGUCGGGUGCACUGAGCAGAUAAACUCUAAGCCUUCCAAUUGCCUAUAGUAUCAAGCCUGAGGAUUUGCACCCCUCCCAGCUGCUUCUCUGAUAAUAUAGCUGGAUAAGAAUUAUCUGAAAAUAUUAAAACUAAUUUCGCAAAAUCUCCAUUUUAUUAUUGUUCUAAAUUUAUGCUUCAAAAUCAUUGCUCUAGCAUCAGAAUCGACACAUGAAAUUCUUGAAAAAAUCUGCACGUCAGGGCUCUUAUGUUCACUGCUACAAUAUGUCGGUGACGAGAAUGAGCAUGAAUUUAGACUCAGUAUAGCUUAUAUACUUAAGCAGCUAUUCCAAUUUGAUGAUUUAAUAAAAAUGUGCUUGGCUGCUGGAGCAUUGGAAGCUUUACCUUUAUUUCUGGAUGCGGAUUUUGAAAACAACAAAGAUUUGAUUUUCAUUGCGAUUGACUGUAUGAUGCCUUUAAGGCAUAAUUAUGAUAGUCUCUGCAUUUGGGGUAGUUUUGGAACAGCAGAAAGGAUUGUUAUGACUUUUUCGUCACUUAUUAAUGAAGAUUUAGAAUAUUUGCAGAAAACUGCAGAAUUAAUAUUAACUUUUGCGAGAGGCCCAAAAGCUGAGCAUCUUUGUAGUAAAGAAAUAUUAUUCUUUUUGAUAUAAAUAGGAACAUUAGCCAGUUAAAAAAAUUAUAUUUUAUAAAAAUUAAGUCAUUAAGCUUCAUUUUUCUUCAAAAAUUAUAAACUUGCUUCUUUUUUCAAUGAGAAAAGCCCCUGAUGACAUUUUAGUACUCAUAAUAAAAUCAUUAAGAGCACUUGCAGAAAAACAUGCAAACGAGCUUGAAAAUGAAGGGAUAAUGGUUGACUUAGUCUACUAUUUAAACAAAUCAAAUCCAGUAGUCCACGAAGCUAUUGAAGCAAUGCUUGACUUAUGUGGAACUAGCUCAGCAAGAGUUGAGCAGCUUGCACUAGCCAAUUGUAUACCUGAACUACAAAAAAUAAUAAUAAAUGAAUCAAAUGACUCACAAAGCGCGCUUGACUUGUUCUGUAUGUUUGCAGCCACCUCACAAGCUUGUAGAUGAAAAUUAAGGCAAGCAAAAUCGCUUGGGUUUAUGGUAAAAUAUUUAAAUGACGAUAAUGUUAUUGAAGCUUUGGGAAAGUGGAUAAUGCAAGACCCUGAAGUGGAGUCUGAGGUGCUUAAACCAUGCAAUUUAGAUAUUAUUGCUGAAAGAAUCAGCCAGGAAACCAGGCUAAUUAAAUGGGAAGGAGUCUUAGAAAGCUCAAAUACAAUAAGAAGAGCUUUAUAUGAAGCUGUAAAAAAGAAAGGAGGGAAUCCAAGGGUGCUUGAUUUGAUCAAGCAAGUCAUGAAUAGGUAUGAAAAUUAA